UCUAUAGGAUCGGGGGUCCCCUGAAUGCUCCAAGGGUGAAAUUUCAGAGGAUUUAAAGGAUCUCUACGUCCUCUAUGAAGAAUUGGGCCAAUGGCUUGGUCCCCCCUGGAUCAAGAAGAUCAAGUGCCUGAACCUCCAGGGUAGUGAGGUUUAAAGCGAACACUAAACUGUAAGUGUGCAUCGAUGUGAGAAUCACCGUGCAAAGGUUUUCAGCCCAGUGUCGAAGUUCCGUUGGGACUAGUGCAAAAAUUACCAGUUUGUGAUUCAUCGAGAAGGUCGCGCUACAAAGCGAACAGCCAUAAUUGCAUAGUGCGUCACUGUGAACUUUUCAUACUGACGUCCUUGUACGUUGUUUGGACACAUCGAAAAGGGCACAUUCAAAGAGGCCAUCAGCAGAGAGGAACUUUUGUGGAUUUUUGUGAAGUGUGAACAGUUGGUGAAAAUGGAGUGCUUGUUGAAACUUCUCCUGACUACUGUUCUUAUCGUUGGUGUUGCUUGUCUCCCAACGCCGUUCCAUAAGGGUAGGAACUGUCACAUCGAUGGCUUUGAACUGCAGGAAGACUUUUCUUUGGAAAGGUUUAUGGGGACGUGGUACGCCGUGGCCCACGUUCAAAGGACCGACUAUCCCUACCAGCGACGAUCCCACUACGCAAUGAGGGAAGAUGGAUCCAUUUCGAUGAAAACCAACCGAGUAAUGCGCCCUGGGGACUGCAACUCAUGGCACUUUGAGGCAUCAGGUCAGCUUGAUGAGGAGUCGAACCACCCAGCCAAGAUGUGGUUAUAUCCACCGAUGGAAAACUAUCCACCUGAGAACUAUUGGGUCGUGAGUACAGACUACACCACCUAUGCCUUGGUGUACAGCUGCAGCCAGCAGAAGCGAGAUGGCUCUUGUACGAAGCGGGGCGAGCAUGCUUGGCUCAUGGGUAGAGCACCGGGGCCAUUGCCGGAGCAGAUACGCUUAGAGGUCUCAGAGAUGAUGUCUGAGUUGUGUAUCAAACCCCAACGACUCAACGAUGUGCCUGUUGAAUGUGACAAGGAGUUGAGAGCUCAGGAGGAAACUUUUACAUCCACAGAUUGUCUUAAUGGUGAAGGAGUUAACUGCACUGAAGGUACAAGCAUUCCAAGUCCAUGUGCAGUUUCCACCUUCGAAGUGCAACAGGAUUUCAUUGUUGAAAAGUUCUUGGGUGAGUGGUAUGAGAUUGCCCACACCAGACAUGAGAACAGUCUACUGAAACUCCCCGAUAUGAGAUCUAUGUUCUUCAGACGAGGACUCCCUGAUCAGGACGCUCACAUGGCGCUACUCAUGAAAGAUCUCAAACUACGUGGAGUGUGUGCCCAUAUUAAUAUGCCUGGAUCAGGUUGGAUGAGUAGUGAUCAUCCAGCAAAGAUUACUGUCCAGUUUCCUAUCCCUGAGAAAUAUGGAGUCAGCGGACCCGUCCCAUACUGGAUACUCUCCACCGACUACACCAACUAUGCCAUAACAUACUCCUGCCACCUGACUGAAGAAGACGGCACAUGCGACAAACAGCGAGAGGUGCUGUGGGUGUUGAGUCGGACGGCAACUCUACCCGAGGAAGUGGAGAGGAAGGUUGAUGAGAUCAUCAGGGGUGUGUGUCUGGACCCAGUGCAGGUCAUACAGAAUGAAGAUGUAUGCUUUACGCCACAGAUGGAUGAGCUUCAAGUUAACGAAACAACUCCAAUCAUCAUAGGCAAGGCCGCAGUAACAACAGGUUGUGAUCCUGAAACAGCUAAAUAUGGAUGUUGCUUACUGAACAAUCAGCCAGCUACUGGACUCAACUUUGAAGGAUGCCCUCGAGUGAGUCCCCCCAUGGCAGGCCAAGAGAUGGACUCGGGACUAUUAUCUGAAGGCAUGAGGCGACAACCGAUUGCUCUAGCUCUAAGCAUGGGACCUGAACCACUCAAAGUAAAGCGAGAGUGCGAUGUCAAAAUCAUCUGCAAGAUGUUCUGUAUACAUGGCUUUAAAUUGGAUGAAGACAACUGCCCUGUUUGCCAGUGCUCUGAAACGCCGCAAGUUCCUGCCGAGUUGGCGACUGCAACCAAGGACUUCGGUAACAUGGCGCAGACAGCUGGUGGGGAUUCAAGCGCUGAGAUACAGCAUGAGGCGGCAAGGAUGACUAAGAUGACAUCUUGUCUUCAUCAAGCUACGUCAUCACCAAGCUCCAAACAUGCUGCUCCUGUACUGGACUGCGAGCCAGACGGUACCUUCUCUCAGAUCCAAUGCCAUGUAGAAGAAUGCUGGUGUGUGGACCAGGGUACCGGUGUAGAAGUACAGUCUACCAGGGUGUCGCAUGACACAAAACCCGACUGCAGUCAAAGUCAAGAUAAAUUGACAACUCCAAUCAAAGGUUCCAAGAUGAAAGUCUCUGAUUGUCUCGCCCGUCGCUCAGAGGCUGAGCAGUCCCUAGAGUCUCAGGAGGUACCCAGCAAGACGCUCAUCUCAGAUGCUCCGCUAUCCGUCGAUUCCUUGGAGGUACCCAGCAGAAUCUACCUCCCUGCCUGUGACAAGGGCGGCCAGUACCAACAAAUCCAAUGCUACAUGGGUUCCGAUAUUUGUUGGUGUGUGGACAGGCUGACAGGAGAGGAGGUUGGUGAUAGUAUGGUAGAGGGGCAACUGCCAGCAUGUGCUCCGUAAGACGGACCCCUCCAAGACCAUGGGAACCUGUUGACUUUGAAAAAAAAAACACUAGAGGGUUGUUAGUGAGACUGAUGACAUGGGAUAUGUUAUACAUAAAAUCUACACUGCAAUGGCGUGUUUGAUUUUUUGUGUACAUUCUUUCAAUUAGUGACUGUUGAAUUUUUCUUGUAACUGACUCAACACAAUUUUUGUCUUAUAGAGAAAUUAACAAUAUCUCUGGAUUGAUGAAGAGCACAUUAAAUUUCACAAGCUGUGAAACUAUAAAUAUUGUGGCAUUAUAAAUACAUAUAACAAUAUUAUAUGCUAUAGUUUUGUUUGUAUAAAACAAUCACUAAAAGCAAGUAAAAAGGCAAUGCACAUAACAUAUUCGCAUUGUGGAAAAACUUUCUUUGAAAUAUUUUUGCUUUAAAUGAUUUGGCUUUUAAUAAAUGAGUAAAACAAUUAGUUUUGAUCUUGUAAGUUCAAAAUGUGAUGUUUGAAAACAUAUAAACUAUUUUUCACUAUUUGUUCAUGACUCUGAUAAAUGAUUGAGCUUAAACAUUCACAGCUUUUUACAUUUCAUGAAUGUUGGUUUACAUAAAGUGUGAAUACUGACCUUUGAACAUAAAUAAAAGAAAACAAAUCACAAAACAGAGAGUAUUUCAUGAUAUUCAAUGGACAAAGAACAAUCUACAGUAAAUGCAGUUACUUUAUUGAGGUGCUAAAUAUUCUCCACAUGAUAAUAACAAAACAUCAAAAUUGGCAAGAAUUGGAAAUAGAAUUUGGCAAGGCGAAUAUUCCAGUUAGGGAGUUCUAAUAUACAGGUAUAUCUUUACUGUUCAAUAAACAAAAGUCAUUUUACUUUAGUAUUAUUUUUUAUUUUCUAUAAGCGUUGCUGUCAAUCAGAAAUAAAAGCAUUUUUUUCUCUUUA